UCUGGGACAGGUGCUCAAAGUUCCAAUUGUAACACCAGGGCACAACCUGAAUCAUGGCUGCCAAAAUCGUCAUCUUCGGACUUCUGGCUCUUGUAGCAAUACAGGGUGCCUUCAGCAUGAGCCAGCGUAACAUUUUGGAUGACAUAAAGUCGAAACUUGAGCAGGUUGGAGAAGAAAUAAAGAACACAGCAGAGAACGUUGCGGACGCCGUUAAGGAGGCCGCUGCCGCUGCCGAGGAGAAGUUGAAGCAGGCCUACGAGGAAGCAGUAGAGAAAGUCCAGGAUGCCGUGGAAAACGCCAAAGAGAUCGCGCAGGAAGCUAUAGACAAAAUAAAAGAAAUUGUCAAGGGAAUUAGUGACAAAGCAAAAGAAGUUAUCGACAAUACGAAGCAACAGCUUGAUGAUCUGAAGGAGAAAGCAGAAGAUAAAAUCACAGAUCUUGUAGAAAAGGCGAAGGCAAAAGGCGCGGGAACCUUAACCUGCGUCGUCACCAACCGGGAAAAAAUCGCAUCAGUUGUUCAGACUGCUGGAAGCAAAGUGUUGGAGUGCACCUCCAGUGUGGCGAAACAGGCAGAACCUAUCGUUAAAAAUGCAACAGAGACUGCAGCCAAAAUAAAGGAUUUGAGUAGCAAGGCAACGGUCAUCAUAGGUACAUGCAUUCCGGCCGGCGCGACCGUCGUCGCGGCCAUCCCGUGCUUAGCUGUGAGCACUGCCGCCGUCCUGUCUGAUCUCGCCAAAGACAUCAUCACCAUUAAGGACGACGUCUCCCACAUUAUAGACGACGCCCCUGCACUAAAACAGGAAAUCCAAUCGUGUGCUGCGGAGGUGAAGACGGCGUCGUCAAACGUCGAUCAGCUUACUGAUGAAAUCAAGAAGUGCGUCGAUGACUACGUGUCGUCACAAGCUGCUUAAGUUCAGAAUACCGCAGCGGGAGUAGCACACUCUCUCCCCAAUGCUGCGAGCUUGAUAUUGUAAAGCCAAAGGAGAAAUAAAAAUAUAUUUGGGUAAUAUUUGA